AUUCCCCCCCUGAAUUGACUCAAAUUUCAAAAUAUUGUACACGUUGAAUGAGCAUCGAGAAUUCAUAGUCAAAUUUUCACCUCAUGCAACGAACACUAUGCAACACGAAAAAAGCGAGCCUCUUGCAAAGAAAGUUAAGUUGGAUUCAGCUGAAAACAAUCGAGCAAACUCGCUUUCAAAAGAUAGUAAAAUUGGACUAGAAAAUACUACAGCUGAAGCAGCAAGGCCGCCAUAUUGCCUGUCACGGGACAUGCAAAACCCACGAGCUAUUUUACACGACAAAUAUUCGCGACCAUUGGAGACAGUUGACGUUUUUAUAUGUACCGCGAACGAUCGGAAACAGACAUCCAGAAUAAUGCGGGAAGUUGGAGAAGUAUAUCCAUUUGGUAGUUUAAAGCAUUUGAAACGAGUUAGGAAUCAAGGUGGAAAAUUGGAUAUGAUUAUUACUACCGUGCAGAAUGUAGCAACGCCAGGUGGUCAAAUGACGCUAGAUAAAUUGUUUCAAGGAUCAUCUGUGAACUUUGCUGGACUCUCUGAUCCAUCCGUGACCUGUGUACCCAAAUACCCAGCACUAACAAGACAGCAGUACGAGGAAUAUUCCAAAAUUUGGCCAAUAUCAUUUCACGAGGACAAACGUAUAACAAGGCUUAUAAAUGGUGAGAUGUUUAACGAGAUUGAACUCAGGGAGAUGACGUGGUAUAUGGAAGAGGCGUUUAACGUUGCCGUCUUAGCGAAGAAAAAAGGAAUGUGUCAGGUUGGAGCCGUUGUCGUAAAUCCAAGUUCGAAGAAAAUUUUAUGUAAAGCACACGAUUUGACUUGCCAACACCCGUUGUAUCAUACAACCAUGGUAUGUAUUGAUCUGGUCGCCAAGCUGCAGGGCGGAGGAGCCUGGGAUCUGGAUAUGGAUCUUCUCGGAUGCGAGGAGGGAAUGGACAGGACAGUGAGAGAUAAACAUGAUCAUUUGAACACAGCUGCUGGUUCCAACAAUAUAGUUUCAUGCAGUGAAAAAAGACCAAACACAAGAAUUGACUCUAUCUGUUCAAGUAAAACUGGAGAAAGGGAUGAAAGGACACAAAGUGCAUCUGACCAUAACUCGAUCUUUCCUUCAACAGAAAUUGUAAAGAAUUUAGAUAAAGAGGAAGAUGCCCCAUAUUUGUGCACAGGAUAUGAUCUAUAUAUAACCAGGGAGCCUUGUACAAUGUGUGCAAUGGCCUUACUUCAUUCCAGAAUACGCAGAGUAUUCUACGCAUGCGCCAAUCCAACAUUUGGAGGACUAGGUUCGAGGUAUAAGAUUCAUUGUUUGGACGGAACAAACCAUCAUUUUGAAGUUUUCGCCGGUUUGUUAGAAACUAAAUACAGCGAACUUCUUUGACAUCGCAAAAGAUAAUGG